AUGCCUUCUCAGAAAGAUGGCCUACAAACCACAGGGAAUGUGGCUCUGAAAACCACAUUUCUGUUACAGAUUGGAUUUGGAACCCUGGCAAAUGUCACCCUCUUUUUCCAUAAUGUCUCCCCUGCCUUGUGUGCCCACAAGCAGAGACCCACACACGUGGUUCUCACCCACAUGGCCUUGGCCAAUCUCUUGGUUCUUCUCUCCUCUGGGAUUCCACAGACAAUGGUGGCUUUUCUCCUGACCAACCCUUUGUCCAGUCUUGGGUGUAAAGUUGUUUAUUAUACACACAGAGUGGCUCGCAGCUGCACCCUGUGCUGCACCUGUGUCCUGAGUACCUACCAGUUUUUCACACUCAUCCCUGGGAGAGGUGAUUGCAUGACACUCAGGAGAGACCCCAAGAUGCCUGGUCCUUCCUGUUGUGUCUGUUGGGUGUUCAGUCUCUUAUUGAAUAUCUAUACUCCCUUGAAUGUCACUGGUGCACUGACCAUGGGAAAUGAUACUGACACACAGGGCAGGUGGUUCUGCUCAUCCUCAAGUCCAAGGGCAGGUAUUGGCAUCUUGCCAUCAUGUCCAGAUUCUGUGUUUAUUGGCCUCAUGGUCUGGGCCAGCAGCUCCACGGUGGGUCUCCUCCGCAGACAUCACCAGAGGGUGCAGCAUAUUCACACCCACAAGGUUCCCCACAACUGUCCCCCAGAGACCAGAGCUGCCCACACCAUCCUGAUGCUGGUGGUCACCUUCGUUGUCUUCUACAUGAUGAAUUUGGUAGUUACUUUUUACAUCACUGUGUUUCUAGAUCUUCAGCUCUGGUUGAUACAGACAUGUAACAUUUUGGCUUUAUGUUUCCCCACUGUCAGCCCCUUCCUGCUGAUCCUUAGGGAUCCUAGAACUCCCAGGUUUUGCUCUUAA